UUAUUUUGGGAACAUUUUUUUAAGUUUCAGUUUCAUUUCUCUGUAACCAGGCGUCGCUAGAGCUGUGAUAGCUUGUACUCAGUCUAGUCCAGCAGUGUAGGUGACAAGGCGAAACUCAUUUCAGAAUGACUUCUGUCAUCUCUAAAUUUGUCAUCAAGACUCUGUGCGACCAUCAGGGUUCUUUGGACUUUAAGUGCCUGGAUGAGAAGAUCGCACAGAGUUUCACUGUUGCGGAAGCAGUCCUGCGGACUGUUCUAUUCGACGACGGUAAAAUAGCUAUUCAAGAAGGCAGACAGAAGGUCGUCGGUAAUCAAAUAGUCAGCCCGGACAGUCUGAUAGUGGCUAAAACCAGUCUGCGGCUCUGUCAGAAAAAACCAGGAGAGUGUCCACAGUGCGAUGGGUUACACCUGUGCAGGUAUUUCGUCUGCGGAGACUGCACGUUCGGACUCAAGUGUAAAAAUCCCCAUAGUCUGGCUUCUCCAUACAAUGCAGAGCUUUUGAAAAGAUAUGGUCUUCACGAUUUGACGGAGAAACAGCUGUUCCAGCUGUUACUGCAGAAUGAUCCAUAUCUGCUUCCCGAGAUCUGCCCACAUUACAACAAGGGCGAUGGUUUGCACGGUUCCUGCAAGUUCACCACAUCCUGCAGCAAGCUUCACAUAUGCCAGCACUUUCUCCAAGGUGACUGUAAGUUUGGCUCUUCCUGUAAGAGAACCCACAAUGUUGAAACGCAUGGAACGAAGCUUCUGCGAGGAUUCAGUCAGGAGAAUAUCAAAAACCUUCUUGAGAUCUACAGAAAUAAAUUCAUCGUCAUGGGUCAACAGGAGAGACGAGCUACUGCUGUUCCUGCCCUGCCCAAGGUGAGAACCCCCACUAAGCAGACUUCCCACAACAACCCCGAAUCUCCCACUAGGUCUGCUUGUCCUUUUAAACCCACGAGCGAUGCUGACAGGAAUGAAAUCUGCCUCUUCUUCAUUCGCAGACACUGCAGCUUCAAAGAGAAGUGUGUUCGUGUCCAUUGGCACCUGCCUUACAGAUGGCAGAUGUUAGCCAGUUAUGGUGAGACCUGGAAGGACCUGGAAAAUAUGGAAGAAAUUGAGAAGACCUACUGCGACCCAUAUAAUGACACAAGCUGCAUUGAUUCCCCAUCGCCCACCUACGGGAUUUUCAGAUUUCUGUCUUUACAAAGCUCUGCAUCCCCCGUUGUGCAAUCCGUCGACUUCAGGACGAUGAAAUGCGGGGGGUCUCCAGUUCGUCGCCUGUCCACCGCCUCCUCUGUCUCAAAGCCCCCUCACUUCAUUCUUACGACCCAGUGGCUGUGGUACUGGAAGGAAGACAGCGGGCAAUGGCAGGAAUAUGGACAGGGUGAUGGUGAUGUACCAGCCUCUGUCACUUCUCAAACUCUGGAGAAUGUCUACCUGGCAGACAGAGAUACAGAGAUUCCCUUUGGUGCUGGCAAACAGCAGUAUAUCCUCCACUUCAAAGGUGAACCGGGAACAGAGCAGAUGUAUCAGCAGAAUGUAAAAUUCAAAACCAAGAGAGAGGUCAGAAGGAGGCCUCGCUUUGUGUCUACUCUUGAUGUGGAGGUGAAGCUAAAGAGUGUGUCGUCAAACAGCUCCAGCUCCUCCACUGCUGAAUGUUUCCCAUCCCACUGGGACAAGACUGCCCAACCGGAUUUCGGAUACAAGCUCGUACAUCUCUCCAAAUCUGCGAAGGAGUAUAUUAUGAUUGAGCAGCUGUUUAAGCGCACCAUGCCCCAGGGUAAAAUUAACAGCAUCCAGAGGAUCCAGAACCCCUCUCUGUGGAAAGUCUUUCAGUGGCAGAAAGAGCAGAUGAAGGGGAGGAUCGGAGGGAAAGCUGUGAACGAGCAGUACUUGUUCCACGGGACAGAUGAGUCCCUGAUUGAGGCCAUCUGUGAGCAAAACUUUGACUGGAGAAUGUGUGGUGUCCACGGCACGGCCUACGGCAAAGGGAGCUACUUUGCCAGAGAUGCGUCCUACUCAGACCGAUAUGCCAGGGUCAAAGGAACCCUGAACAAGAUCAUGUUUGCUGCUCUGGUCCUGGUGGGGGAGUAUACCAGAGGAAGAAGAAACUAUGUCCGGCCCCCGUCAAAAGUAAACAGCACAACCCUCUACGACAGUUGUGUUGACAGCGAGAGCGAUCCCAGCAUCUAUGUUGUGUUUGAAAAACAACAGAUUUAUCCAGAGUAUCUAAUCAAGUACUCGUCCUAGAGUGCUUGACGACUUCAACUCAAGAGGAACCUGCACAAAGAAAAGGAUACCAUAUAUGUCUUUAGUGUUGAAAGUGUCCGACCCACCUUGGUCUCAGAGCAGGCCACAAUGCUGAACCUGCGGAACAGACGAACUAGAGCCAUUUUGAUUUCCAGCUGGGCGAGCCUCAUUCCCACACAGUUUCGGGGACCGGCCCCGAACGGCAGGAGGACGACAAGUGCAUGGUCCAAUGGAAGACAACAAGGGUUAAAGGUGAUUAAAUGUCCAUGAGACUGACCUGCUCAGGAGGCUGCUCCUCUCUCUGCUUGAUGAUCCUCUGAAUGCUGUGGAUGAAGAACUGAUUCAUCUGGUCUCGUCUUUUGUUGGGGAUAAGUCUCGCCAGAGGAGCCAUGAUGAAUGGAAAAGCAA